UACUAAACAGGCCACUUUAUACAACAUACAUCAAUACAACUCGGGAGUUCCGGGGAGUUUCUCGGCGUCAAGCUGGCAAUUGCGUUCAGCAAUUCAAAUACGGAUAUAAAGAAGACCAAUUUUUCAAAUUAACCUAAACUAUUUUCUAUGAAUUAACCUCAAAAAUGGAAUCUAAUAUAAAAAGUAUUCGAGAGUAUUUAAAACAAAAAUUAUUAAGAACUAGUAAUUUCUCAGGAUCUGAAACCGUGCGAAAUCAGCUAUAUGAUUUGCUUCAAAGAACUAUUGAGCAUGGGGAAUCUAAUUCAAUGCUCCUUUUAGGACCGAGAGGAAUCGGCAAAACUAGGCUAGUAAAUGAUCUAAUUAGAGAAUUGGAAUCCACAGAAUUCUUAAAAAAUGAUUUUAUACUUGUUAAACUCCAUGGAAUAAAACAUACAGAUGAUCGUUUAGCACUAAAAAGUAUAACAUUUCAAAUGAAUUUGGAGAAUGCGGUGGAUGGAAAAAUUUUUGGUACUUUUGCUGAAAACUUGGCGUUCCUGCUAGCUUGUUUAAAGACUGGAAACAAACAUUCUUCUAAAAGUGUUAUUUUUGUUUUGGAUGAAUUUGAUUUAUUUUGUGCACAUCACAAUCAGACCCUUUUAUAUAAUCUAUUUGAUAUUUCACAAUCUGCACAAACUCCAGUUUGUGUACUAGGAAUUACUUGCCGUUUAGAUGUUGUUGAGUUGUUAGAAAAAAGGGUCAAAUCAAGAUUUUCUCAUAGACAGCUAUUCCUCUAUCCUGGAGUGGAAGAAACUGACCAAGUAUCAAAUUUGGAUUAUGCAUUGGAAAGGAUAAGACAUUAUAUUAAACUCCCAGAUGAAAUUCGGUUUGAAUCUUUAAAUGGCACUAAAAAUCAAUGGAAUUCUAAAAUAGAUGUCUUGCUAAAGGAUAAGAAGUUUAGAAAUAUUAUUCAAAGGCUUGUUGACUUGGACUUGAAUGAACGCACCUUAAGAACUAUUUUGAUAAAUUGCAUAUUUGACUUAAAGGAUGCAUGCCCAUUUUUCACUUUAGAUAAGUUUGAACAAGAAGUUAAUGCUUUAGAAAGGGAUGACAUUGUUCAAGUACUGCAAGAUUUAAAUGUUUUGGAACUAUGUCUUAUAAUUGCAAUGAAACAUCAUAGUGAAAUUUAUGAUAACCAAGCAAUGAACUUUGAAAUGAUUUACUCAAGAUACACUAUAUUUACAAAUAAACAGUCAAAUAUCCAAGCAGUACAACGACCAGUUGUAAUGAAGGCUUUCGAACACAUUGAGAAAAUAGAACUAAUUGGCAUGAUUAAUCCUGCAAAUUCCUGGUUGCAAAAGGAAUAUCAAUCCUUUCAAUUGCUGAUAACAUCUGAACAAAUUUUAGAAGCCGUAAAUAAUAUGAAUGGACUGCCUACAGAAGUUGUUCAGUGGGCAAACAGCUCCCUAGUUUAAAUUAGUUUUAAUUUAAAAUAUUUUAUUUUAUUAUGGUUGUUUGAUUUCAU